UGAAGGUCGGAGUGCUGGGAGUGUGUGUGUUAGUGUGUGUGUGUCAGAUGCACUGUAGGCUACUGAGGCGGCAUCAGCUUGAGCAAGGCAUUUCUCUUUACCCCGACAAACCUUCAGGGGGCUUUUAGCAUUUGUUCAGUCUGCAGUCUCUGGAAAACAUCUGAUUCAUUUUUUAACCAGUCCCAGAUGCGGCAGCGUGAGAGUGUGUGUGCAUGAGCGCGUCAGUGUGAGUUUGUCAGUGCAUGAGAAUUUGGGGAGAAUAUCUGCUGUCUAGAGAAGGGGAGGGAAAGAAGAACCGUGUGGAUUUUUUUUAAUAUAACUUUUUAGGUAUGAACGCAGCGUGCGUCUCAUACUGCGAUAUGACAUCGAUGGAUUCAUAUUAUAGCACUUCUACUGCGCAAGGUAGGGAUCACCAGGCGAACCCGUUCAGGACUUUCCCGACCACUGAAGCCAAAUACAGCCCCACGUUCAUUCCGGGUAAAGGGCAGGCUUACGGAGAGAAGUCCCGGAGUCCUUUCCAGCCGGAGUGCCAGUCACUGGAUGGCGCAGAGGAGGGCACCUUCAGCAAAUACCAGCUCUUCAUGCAGCGACCGACCUGCAAAACUCCGCCCGAAGGCGGCAAGCUGCACCCGGACAGCGGACACAACGGGACGCUCAUUGCCUGCUAUGGAAAAGACAACAGCGGCCUGACAGAGUCCGAGUUGCCCCCGAGUGUCGACCCUCCCGGGAUGGAGGGUAGCUACCUGAACCUGAAAGUGCCAGGGGAGAAGGGGCUGAGCGAGCGGCCGGGCUCAGAACUUUCCAGCCCUCUGGACAAAAGUGAAGCAGAGAGCAACAAAGGCAAGAAGAGACGCAAUCGCACCACGUUCACCAGCUACCAGCUGGAGGAGCUGGAGAAGGUUUUCCAGAAGACACACUACCCAGAUGUUUAUGCCCGCGAGCAGCUGGCACUGAGGACGGACCUGACGGAGGCUCGUGUGCAGGUGUGGUUCCAGAAUCGCAGAGCCAAGUGGAGGAAGAGGGAGCGUUAUGGCCAGAUGCAACAGGUCCGGACACACUUCUCUACUGCUUAUGAGCUGCCUCUACUGACUCGGCCUGAGAACUACGCACAGAUCCAGAACCCUUCAUGGAUCGGGAGCAGCAGUGGAGCAUCUCCAGUGCCGGGUUGCGUUGUGCCUUGUGACUCCGUCCCCUCUUGCAUGCCGCCUCACCCUCACGGUCCUGGAGGUGUCUCUGACUUCCUGGGCGUGCCCAGUCCGGGGAGCAGCCACAUGGGACAGACACAUAUGGGCAGCCUUUUUGGAGGUCCCGGGAUGGGCGGGGGAAUCAAUGGCUAUGAUCUCAAUGGCGAUCCAGACCGCAAGUCUUCCAGCAUAGCUGCGCUGCGUAUGAAGGCCAAGGAACACAGUGCAGCCAUCUCUUGGGCUACAUGAUGCCUCGGCCCAGUUCCACCCCGCCCCCAUAAGGCCCUCGACUCUGGAGCAGCCAACAGUGAGCGCUGUGGGGGAGGAGGGAGUUUUUCUGAGAGCACUAACGAUAACACAGGUCAAAUGAACAGGGAGAGACUGUGGAGAUAACAGAAGCCAUUACAGCGGCCAGCGUAACCGAGAUAACAACUGUGGCUGUGACAAUCAGCAGAUGCUCAAAGUGAGAGAAAUACAGAGGUGUGACUCAGAAGAAGAUGUCAUCGAGACGUGUUCAUUCUUGAUUCCUUGAUCUCUCAGGUCUCAUUGAAAUAUGAGGUUUAGUCCUCAAUAAACUGGGUAUCAUUCAUGAUAAUGAAAGGUUUCAGUAAAAUAAGCAAUAUAAUAAAUAUGGUUUACAAAUUGCUUUCAUAGAAUCCAGGAAUUCAGUGCCAAAUCCAGCUUUUUCAUACAGUAUUUUCAUUUACAGAGGCUUGAUUCACGUUUUUACUUCCUUAGUUUUUUACACCGCCCAUCCCACCACACUCAUUUUAUGUGUCUUACUUUGGACAUGUCUCUUAUUCCAUAUACAUGAGUUCAAGUACAUAUCUAAACAUUCAGUAUUUGCAUUUUAAAAGCCAUGUAAAAAAAAAAACAAGGCCAAGCUUAGAUGGAUUUUCUGUCACUUACAAAGCAUCCGUUAAAGUAUAGGUUCCCAACCUGGGGGUCCCAGCCCCCCUAGGGGUCACCAAAGCUUCAGGGGGGGUCGCUAGCCCUUCCUGUUUUUAAAGGGUGUAAGAAAACUUAAAAGAUAAAGUAAAUAACAUCUCAGCAUUACAUUUAUUUCUGUGACAAAAACUAAAUUAAGUUGUAUAUUUAAAGCUCAGAUUAUCAUUUGAGAUAUAUACUUCUCACAAAAUCUUACAGGAUAAGGGACCUGAACACAAGCUAUAUUCACAGAGCCUUAACUGUCUGCCAAACAGCCUGCUCCUGCAUUUGAAAGUAUGCAGUUCGAAUAGAUGUAUGGCUAAGCAUCAGGGAGAAGAAAACACUUCAACACUUAAAAAAGAAGUCUAUUAAGUAUGUAAGAUUGUUAAAAAUGAAAAUAAAAAACACAAUUCAGAGAAUCGUAAAAAAACAAAGUAUAAAAAUGCCAGAAAAUUAAUUUCUGAUGCAACAUUCACAGGAAAUAAUCCGCUCAAAACUCAUCAUAAUCAGGUUUUUUUUUACACAAACUUCCUCCAGUUAUUGUGUUCACAGUUUAAGUUAAUUGUACAGUUUUUGUUAUCCAUUGAAUAUAAUAUAAAAUAUCUAUAAAAUAUCGGGUUCACGUCAGGUUUGUCAUUUAACUCAAAGAUAGAAAAGGGGUCCCUUAAGUAAAAAGGUUGGGAACCACAGCUUUAAAGCAAACAAUCAAAGAAAACAAUUUUUUGGAAGCCUGCGGUGGGUAGUUUAUGUCCCUGCAAAGAAGGACAGAGGUUGAAUGCAAUAAGCGAACAGAGUCUAAUUGAGCGAGAGCAGACAUGGGCCUGUGCCAAUUUAUUCUGGGAGGAGGGCAGGCCUUGGAUUGGCAGCAAUUUCAAACCAACGUGUCAUUUCCUCCCCCAGGGCUGCCUCCACAGGUUCCCCUGCUAGGCACAGGCCUCAGGUUACAGGAAACACCGUCUCAACCGGCAGACAAGGCGCAGCAACGCACAGCAGCAGCCUUCAACACCAACUAGCCACGCCAGCUUCAAUCAGCAACCACCGGGAAUAGACACACUUAAUUAGCUUCAAAGUGAGCCGUCCUGCCCUGCGAACACCGUAGCACAUCACAGCGUACACGGCGAGGACAUGCUGCACACACAGUUCCACACGCUGUAAUAAUCAAUUCGUCGUCAGACGUGGGCUCAGCAGAGAUGACUCUUGGAGUUUGUAGCUCGCUCACACAAUCCGCCACAUGCCAGAGACUGCAGGCCAAAUCAGUGGCCCCAAUCGUCCCGAAGAGCAUUCUGUAAUGUUUAGGUAAUGUGAUGACUUUAGAGCUGGACUGCAGGAAUGUGGUGAAUAUGUCCAGUGAUUGCAGGGGUGUCUCUGUGUGUUGCCCCGCCGGAAUAAGCUUGUCACCAGAGCUGGGCUGCAGGCUGAGGCUAGAGACAGGCUUCAUUAGUCUUUUGGCUGAUCUCUCUGUGACGCCCGCUGGGCUACAUAUCCGUUUUCUUUCCCCGGUGAGGAUGAUGGCAGGAGAGUCUGUUUCUGCUCCUCAUAGCUGGUUGAUCAUUGUAACAUAUGAGUGCCCGUUAAAGUCCUCCAUCUUGAGAGUAAGACUAAAACUUAUGACUGUUUUCAGUAUUGAUUUAUUUUCUCGAUUGUCGAUUGUUCAGUCUCUAAAAUCAGGCCUUUCAAGAUAUUGCGAUUACACAAUCAGCACGAUACACAAAUUAAACCAAUCCCCAUGAGUUCUGUGUGACCUUGCAAUUUCGUCAAAUCAUUUUUUUCGCAAAUUUGACCAGUUUUCAUAGUUUCUUGUGAGUUUCACCAAUCAUAGCAGUCUUCACAUGUCACCAAACUCACUUCCUUGGUUUUUGGUGUGAAGAUGCUGACAUGUGACAUGAACGUUUCUCAUUUGGAGGUAAACUGUUUUGCCCUGUGUGCAGCAUUGUGGUGGAACAUGAACAACAUCAAUUGACAAAUACUUUUUUACUGCAAAAAACACACCCAGAGAAUGACUGAAAUGCUUUGACAAGAGACUAGAUUAACUAUGCAGAGUUAGUGGUGACGUUAGUGUAGUAUGAAUUGCAAAUUUAGAACAGUGGGUUUUAUUCUGAGUUUUAAUAAAUUAUACAGCUGUUUUUGCAGUUUUCACUUGCUCCACCCAUUUCAUCACGAAAAAAAAAAGCCUAAAAACAUCACCACAUGCAUUGGAGCGUUUCAGAGCGCAACAAUCCCCUCCCAAAAAAGCACAAGAAAACCUGGAGGGACUGUAAAGUGCCAGAAAACUGUGAAAAAUCACAAUCCUGAUCUUUUAAAACCCAAAUGUUACUUCUUCAAGUGUCAUAUAUUCAGUUUACUAUCAUAUAAGAUAAAAAAGCAGCAGAGUCAAAGGCUAGAACCAGAGAACAUUUGUCAUUUCUGCUUGAAAAAUUAUUUGAAAUUAUUAUAAACAUAGCCGUGGAUUAUUUUUCUGUCGACCCAUCAUUGCAGCUCCACAGUUCCUGCUUUUAAUUGUAGAAAUGACUUGCAAAUCUGUAAUUUUUUCCAUAUGAAAGAAAAAACAAUUUGAAAUUCCUAAUAUCAUCCACUGACAAAACAGAUUGUUGUUGCCUUAAAACCAAGCCCUUUCAUGUCAGCAGCGAAUAAACGAGGUGACAACAUGAUGAUUACUUUGACAUGACUGCUCAUGCUGUGAAUAUAUUCUACACAGUGGGUUCAUUGGAAUCGAAUAAAAAGACAAAAGGCCUCUAAAAUAAAGCCAUGACUCUCCGUCCAAUAAAGAUUUUGAAUGAGUAUAGUCUUUGUUCGAUGGGAGUGAUAAUAAUCAAACACAUUAUAAAAACAGUAUGCGAUCAAAUUAAAUUAUUACAUGACUUUUUUGUGUGACUGAAUUCCUACUUUGUUGAGUGUGUCUUCCCGCUGGUCCUCCCUCAGUGCUCCACUCCUCUGCAGCUCCGUCCAUGUUGAUACUACUGAAAUAAAGCAAUUGAGAUCCAUAGUUAUAAUGUCGUAUUGUGUGAAUGUGGGCAAUAUUAAUGAUAUUGUUCUUUUGCUUGUACAUUUGUUUCGCUUAUUUUGUCAAAUAAUGGACCUCCAGAGAUAAACCAUUGAAGUAUUACAAUAAUAUUGCCAAGAAAUGUAAAAUUAUGUUUUGUGUGUGUUAUUCUGAAGAGUUGCUCUGGACUUUACCGAGGUUGAAAUUGCUUUCUAAUUUUCUUAUGGCUUUAAGCAGCUUUUUUUUGUAUAUUAAUCAAGUAUUUCUACUUCUGAUUGUGACGUUAUAUAAUGUGCCAUUGCAAUAAGUUAUUGCACUUACAGUGUUGGAGAAGUUUUUAUUUUUGACUUAUACUGGGACAGUGGCCUCUUUGCUAAAGCCAGAGGCGUGUGGUUUUGUGUCCCAACAGUCAAAAACUGUCUCCUAAGCCCGUCCAUAUUUAGCACCAUGAACAGCAUCACUGACAUCUGUUUAAAGUGCCUGACAUUUGUUUGUACAGAAGUAACUUGCUGUUUCUGUUGAUGAUGGUUUUGAAGUGAUUUUGAAAUAAAUGAGUCU